AUGAAUACACAGACACACCCCAAGGCAAUAAAAACACCUCCUCUGGCCAGUUGUCUACUUGUCGAAUUGCAUCGUGUCGCACAAGCGGAUUCCGCUUCGACCGAUCCGUUCUAUGUCCGAUUCCUGUACCGCAAUUCCACAUCGACCGAAUCACCCGAACCGAUUCCAUUGUGGCCUCCGUCUUGUGGUCCGGCAUUUGUUGCCCGGAAACAACAAUAUUUAUGUCCGUUACGCAGUCUGGAAUCGGCUAUUCGAGGCACCUACGUUCUUCAAACGCAGGCGAAUCAAUGCGUGGAAAAAACACGAAACGAAUCGUUCUAUACGCUUAUCCAACCCGAAUGUACUGUGAGCGUUUCCAUGUUUGGGAUUGUUCUGUUACAGUUUUUCCUGUUACUCUGUCUGUUUUUCCGUAUGCGAAGAAACGCUUGUAAACUACGUGCCGUACACGUGCUACCAUAA